AUUUCCAUUUUCCACCAAAAAAGAAAAAAGGAGAUGAUUCCCAUUCAGUACAAAAAAGCCUUCUCUCUCAAUCUCAUCUUCUCUCUCUUAAUUCUCUCUCUUCUAGUGAUUUCUGAGGCAUGCCAUGCAGUAGACAAACAAGCACUUCUACACUUCAAGCACAACAUCAUUUCCGACCCUUCAAAACUCCUCCAUUCAUGGAAUCCUUCCUCUGAUUGUUGCUCUUCAUGGGAAGGCAUUGUUUGUGACUCUUUAGGCAGAGUCAUAAAUGUCUCUCGCCCUGGCCUUUUUUCAUCAAACGACAUUCUUUUUGACACAAUCAUGUCCGGUACUUUAUCUCCUUAUCUGGGCAACUUGUCUUCUCUUCGAGUCCUUGACUUGAGCAAUCUAAAAAACUUGAAAGGUCAAAUCCCACCACAACUUGGCAAGCUUUAUAAACUUACUCAUCUCUUUCUUGACUCCAACAAGCUUAGAGGACCAAUACCUUUGACUUUUACUCACCUUCAUAGGCUAGAAAAGCUCUAUCUUGGUGAUAAUUUUCUGUCCGGUGUUGUUCAUUCUAAUGUUGUUGGAUCUUUGAGGUCACUUUCCGAAUUGGGUUUGUCCGGAAAUCGAUUUUUCGGGCCGGUUCCUACUUCAAUUGUGAAGUUGAAUUUGCUCACCAAGCUUGAUCUUCAUGGAAACAAGUUCUCUGGCUCCAUUCCUUAUAGCAUUGGUGAGCUCAAGAGCUUGAAGUAUCUUGAUUUGUCUGAGAAUCAGAUUAGUGGAAGCAUUCCGAAAUCUGUCGGCGGGCUUUCGGAAUUAGUCCUUUUGUACCUCAACCAAAACCAGAUUUCUGGAAGAAUCCCUUCUUCAAUUUCAGGUCUUGGUUCUCUAUACCUUUGUAGAUUAUCAGAGAACAAGAUCUCAGGGAAUUUACCAAAUUCGAUAGGGAAGCUUUCAAAUCUCCGAAGACUAAUCCUUGAGAACAACAAAUUGUCAGGAAAACUUCCCUCAAGCCUUGGCCAUCUCACAGCUCUCACUGACAUAUUCUUCUCCAAUAACCAUUUCACAGGCAAGAUUCCUUCAAGCUUUGGCAAUUUGACUAAUCUACAAAGUCUUGAUCUCUCAAGAAACAGACUUUUUGGUAAAAUCCCUCCUCAGCUAGCUAAACUUCAAAAUCUUCAAAGUUUGGAUCUUUCAUUCAAUCCUCUUAGGCUUGUCAGCAUUCCAAAGUGGUUCUCGAAGAUGAAGCUUUUUCGGUUAAAGUUGGCGAAAACCGGGAUUAGGGGUAACCUUCCAAGUUGGUUGUCUUCAUCAUCAAUUUCCAUACUUGAUCUUUCAAGCAAUGGAUUGAGAGGGAGAUUGCCGAAUUGGAUUGGAAAUAUGACUAGUCUAUCAUUCCUCAACUUGUCAAGAAACGGGUUCCAUUCGUCGAUCCCCGUUGAGUUUCGAAACCUUUCUCUUCUAAUGGACCUUGAUCUCCAUUUCAACAUGUUCACAGGCCACCUAAACUCGAUAUUCUCAAAAGAGUCCCAAACCCCACUUGGCCAAUUCAACUCAAUUGAUCUUUCCAACAACAUGUUCACUGGCGCGAUUGACGACAACAUUGGAGAGAGACCAGUAAUGGCCUCAAUCAAGUCUCUUGUUUUGUCACACAAUCCAUUGAGUGGUGGCAUCCCCAAAUCAUUGGGGAAACUCGGCGAAUUGCAAGUUUUGGAGCUCGUGGGAAAUGGGAUUUCCGGGAAAAUACCGGUGGAGUUGGGAAACGCCAAGAAACUUACUACUGUUUUGCUUAAGAGGAAUAAGUUGAGAGGCAACAUUCCAAAGGAAGUCAUUAAUUUGAAGAAGCUUCGAGUUUUCGACGUCUCCGAAAACCUCCUGAGCGGAAGGAUUCCUCGCCACAAGGCCAUUUUCCCUGUCUCUUCAUUCUCAGGAAAUCAUGGCUUGUGCGGAGCUCCACUUCCUCCAUGCAAGCACUCCUAGCAAUUUCUCAAAAAUAUUAUCGUUACAUUUUUUUUUGUUUUUGUUUUUAUGUUUAUUCAUAUGUAAUUCCAUUGAUUCUUUGAUUCACAAGUUCGUGUGUUUUGCAUUCCUUGAAUAAAAGAAUUCAAAUUGUA